GAAAACGUUUUGUUUGUGUAUAGAAUUUAUUUUCUUAAAUUAUGUUAUUAAAAUAUGGAGAACAUCGAAAUAUCAUAUUGCAGAUUCUGCGCCGAAUCUAAAAGCACCGAUAAACUAUUAAACUUACAAACAGACUGUCAGAAACACGAAGAAGUGCUCUUAAAACUGGCCUUUCUUAACGCUGUGUACGUCGACGUUUCUGACAAGAAUUCACUACCGAAAACGGCUUGUUUAAUAUGUUACGAGUCUUUAAACAAAGCUUACGAGUUUUUACAAAGCGUCAAACAAGCCCAGGAUGUUUUAAUUGGCUUGUUUAGCACAUCAGAGGACAACAAAUGCGAGUUAUCGGACGACGAUCAAAACUCCGCUUUCGAUGAUUUUCUUAGUUUAAACGAGUCUGUGGACAUUAAAUUAGAAACUAUAGCCCAGGAGAAUGAGUCCUUGGUCGAUUCCGUCGAAGUCAAAGUGGAGCCAAAAGAAGAAGUUGAAACAAUUAAUCCAACGUUAGACGUUCAUGAUAUCAUCGGGGCAGCCCUACAGGUCCCAUUCGAUCCGGAGAUGACUAUAUACGCCAAGGAUGUGUCGGACGUAGGAACUAAGGCGAUUAAGAGUUGGAGUCAGUACCCCUGGAUCUGUUCACACUGUAAUAUAGAGUUUAUCAACAUAGACAUGUUGAGGUCACACUCCAAAUUAGUCCAUGGCAGAUGCUCAGCUCUGUUCUGUGUUGAUUGUAAAAUAGGAAGAAAGGACGACUUUAUGGCUUUUGUGAAACACGUCAGAAAACAUAGAAAGUGUUUAAGAAACUUCUGUCACUAUUGUGACUCAGAGCUUCAAGGAGACGAAACAAUUAGUAGUCAUGUCAAGCAACACUUUCAGAAGUCUCAAAUAGCGUGUCAACUGUGUGGUGAGAUACUUAAUGAUAAACACAAUUUAGAAAUACACCUACAGGACUACAGCUUGAUGAAACCCAAACGUAAACCGAAGAGGAAACCAGGCACUGCCAUCACUAUUGAAGACUUAACCUGUAGUAUAUGUAAGAAAGUGUAUAAGAACACAAACAGUCUACGAGAUCACAUGAAACUGCAUAAUAUAAAUCGUAAGAGAGACUACACUUGUGAUCGGUGUGGGAAGAUGUUCUAUAAUAAAGGUACGCUGACGUCACACAUUAUGACACACGACAAGAUACGUCCUCAUAUCUGUAGGAUCUGCAACAGAUCAUUCCUCUUUCCAAAUAUGUUAAGAAGGCAUGUGGAAAUGCAUUCUGGUGUGAAGCCCUACUCUUGUGAACAAUGCGGUCGAUGCUUCAGACUACCUUAUCAGUUGAACGCCCACAAAAUAGUUCACACAGACUCAAUGCCCUACAUUUGUCAAUAUUGUAACAAAGCAUUUAGAUUUAAACAGAUUUUGAAGAAUCACGAGAGGCAACACACAGGCUCCAAGCCAUAUUCAUGUCAGUUCUGUAGUAUGGAGUUCACAAACUGGUCAAAUUACAAUAAGCAUAUGAAGAGGAGACAUGGCACUGAUACAGCUAAAAAGAAAAUCACUCCAGAGGGUGUUUUUCCUGUUGACCCCAUCACCGGACAGAUAGUACAAGUAGAAGACCCAGCCGGUACUGAGGAGUGGAAGAGUAAGAUCAUGAUACCCGGGAAACGGGGGAAAAAGAAAAGAGUCAAACAAAUUGACUGAAAUAAAUUUAGUUAUGUUGAGAUAAUUGAUAAAGUUAUGGUUUCAAAAGAAAUCCCAUAUUUCUGAAUUUCAGACAAAUAAUUUGCAAUGAUUUUAUGCAUUACACAAAUUGUGUUCGUAUCAGACAAUUACCUCCACUUCAUAUCAAACAGUGGCACAUUACAAUCACAAGACAAGUGAACACAAGCAGUGUCUUAAGGUAAACGGGCAGUUUUGUACAAGUACAUGCCUAAGUAGAGAUUUUAUACAGGAAUAUUACACAACUGCUUAAUGAUGUCCACCAGGACACUUCAGUAAUCAGAUAAUCAUAAAUGGUUGUUGCCUACAUCUAAGAAGAAGCUUGUGCAUUUUCUGUGUAUAAAUAUGAGAAAAAAAAAUUGGAAAUCUAAAGCACAUUGGUUUGGUGUUAACAACCAUUGUGUUCCUGUGUUAGCCCGGUAGCAUUAAUUUUGAUUAUUCUGUAUUAUUUAUUAAUCCUCAAACUGCUAGUGACUAGCUCAUCAGAAUUCAUCCAACUGUUAUCAAAUAAAGCCCUGACAAAACACACAUGUAAAAAUGAAAUAAAAAAUAUCUAUUUAGGUUUCUGUGUGUCCAUAAUUAAAUCAUAAUUUACAUUAUAUAGACUACACAAUGUGUAAACAUCUCUGCUGAAACGAUUCACCACCUACACCUUAAUGUGUACUAGAAACCGUUCAGAUAUUAACAAACAUGCAGUGUGGGGUUUUCUGUGGCCAGCCCCUUGUAGAAACGACAUGUCAAUACAAGCCAUUGUACAGUUUGUCUCUUUAUGAUGAUUCAUGAGUAUGUGUCUUAUUGUUCCUGUAUACAAAGUAAAUAAUGUGUUUGAUGUAUUGUUUUGUGGGUCAUCAUUUAUACAUAAAACUUAUUAAUGCAUAAUAUUUGUAUAUAUGGUCAUUUUAGUCUUGACGUGCAUAAUAAUAUAUACAUAUAUAGGCAAAAAAUAAUUAUUUUAUAAUUGACAACAUAUAUCCGAGCACCCUGUAACAAGCAGCGGCUCUGUGUUAUGUCGCUAGGGACAACAAAUGUAUUUACUUGAUGUACCUUCCUGUGCACGUAAUGUAUCGCAUAGUGAGAUUAGCCGACGCGCGGAAUGUCGGGUUCGACGUGCAAUUGUUACUACAAGCCGCGUCAAUAAAGAAACGAAUCGAAAAUGGCAUCUAUGUACCUGCACUGACAGAUGGAAGGGUCA